UUGAGUUCCAUUUUAAACAACAUGGGAAAAAUCAAGAAAACAAGGGAGAGACUUCAUCAAAAAGCCGUACGAUUUGCUGAUAAAACACCAGAAGAGAAUCCAAAUGAGUCAUCCUUACCAGCUAUUUUCCCAAUAACUGGUCUGUUCACUGAGACCCAAACGCCAGAUGUUCAGGACCCUAAGAAAACAGCCAGUAAAAAGGACAAGCGCAAAGAAAGACAUGAAAMGUUYCUUAAAAAGCUACAUGGGCACAGAGCAGUAGAAGAAAGUAUAAAAAAAGCUGAAAAAAGAUCAAAAACUGUCAUUGUUGGAGAUAUGGAACCUCUGUUGUCAGCUUUACCAACGAUUCUUCAAGCAAAACCCAGUGAAAGGGACAAGGGACAGGAACAUUUAGGGAAGAAAAAGAAGUUGUCAAAGAAAUCAAGACAGAAAAUGCAAAUUGCAGAGAUUGAACAUUUUCAGCAGGUUUUGAACCACCCCGCCUACCAAUCAGACCCUGUGAAUGCAAUAUCAGAACAUCUCAAGCUUUCUAUACAAAGAGAGACAGACACCAAAACAUAACGUACAGUAAUUUGUGGAAUUGUGUACGAUUUUGAAUUUUAAUAAAUUUGAUUYAUAACUAACACCUUUUAGCAGUACAUGCUCUGAUGAAGUGAAAAUUAAAAAAAAAAUGAC